UCUGUCAUGGCCUAUGACAGGUACCUCGCAAUUGCCAAACCCCUUCACUAUGUGAGCAUUAUGAGGAGGGAGGUGUGGGUGAGCUUGGUGGUGGCCUCCUGGGUGGGAGGCGGUGUGCACUCAAUUGUCCAGAUAAUUCUGAUGCUCCCACUGCCCUUCUGUGGCCCCAAUGUCUUGGAUGCCUUCUACUGUGAUGUGCCCCAGGUGGUAAAACUAGCCUGCACUGACAUCUCCACUCUGGAGCUUCUCAUGAUCUCUAACAACGGGCUGCUGACCCUCGUGUGGUUUCUCUUGCUCCUGGGGUCUUACACCGCCAUUCUGGUGAUGCUGCGCUCACACUCGGGGGAGGGGUGGAACAAGGCGCUCUCCACCUGCACCUCCCACAUCAUGGUGGUGACUCUUCAUUUCGUGCCAUGCAUUUACAUCUACUGCCGGCCCUUCAUUACGCUGCCCAUGGACACAGCCAUCUCCAUCAACAACACCGUCAUGACACCCAUGCUGAACCCCAUGAUUUACACACUGAGGAACCAAGAGAUAAAGUCAGCUGUGAGGAAACUACAAAGUAGGCUUCAGUCUGCUGAGACCAAGAAACUAGGGUGA